CUUAACCCAUCUCAGCAACACGACAGGCGGGGACGGGUCUGCGGGUAAAAAUCUCCCGUGGAACGGACGGUGCCAGAUGAGUGAGCAUCGAGGCCCGAGCCGCAGGAGUUAGAACAGCGGCCCCUUUUCAAACCCCGCCGGGGCUCUCAUUUCUGCCCAUCUCACUUCUCCUCUCCUCUCCUCCUCUUCAGUCGCUCGUCGUCGCUGCGGAAGGGAAGCGCGGGACUGACCGAGGGAGCGAGAGACGGAGAUUGAGGGAGCGCGGCCCUGCUGCCUUCGUGAGCGAGCUGAGCAGCGAUGGCGGAGACCAUCCUCGGCGCUACGUUUGUGACGAUUUUCAUCCCGGCCUCGUGCCUCAUCGGAAUCCUGUUCGCGCUUCUGCAGUGGUAUGUCGUCUCUUUGGUAAAGGUCGGAGGCGGCAGCUCCAGCAAUGGAAACAAGAACGGACACUCAGACUACUUGCUGGAUUCCUCCGAGGAGGGAGGCGACGAAGCCUCUGUCAUUGAGAAGGUGAAGAGCAUCCAGGAGGCCAUUUCUGAAGGUGCGGAGUCAUUUUUGGUGACGGAGUACAAGUACCUCGCCAUCUUCAUGAGUCUGUUCUCUGUUAUCAUCUUCCUCUUCCUCGGCUCCGUGGGAGGAUUCAGUACCGACCUGGUUCCAUGCACACACGACUCCGCCGAGUUGUGCUCAGCUCCCCUGGCAAAUGCAAUCUUCACCACCAUCGCAUUUAUUCUUGGUGCUCUGACCUCCACCUUCUCAGGAUACCUUGGAAUGAAGAUUGCAACCUACGCCAAUGCCAGAACUGCCUUGGAGGCAAGGAAGAGCGUUGGACAGGCUUUCAUUGUUGCCUUCCGUUCCGGAGCUGUCAUGGGAUUCUCCCUGGCUGCUAGCGGGCUCCUCGUCUUGUUCAUCACAAUCCUUCUCUUCAAGAUUUACUACGGAAACGACUGGGUUGGUUUGUACGAGGCCAUUACCGGAUACGGUCUCGGUGGAUCAUCCGUCGCCCUGUUCGGUCGUGUUGGUGGUGGGAUCUACACCAAGGCUGCUGAUGUAGGAGCUGAUCUCGUCGGCAAGGUCGAGAGGAACAUCCCCGAGGAUGAUCCCAGGAACCCUGCGGUUAUCGCUGACAACGUCGGAGACAACGUUGGAGAUAUUGCCGGUAUGGGAGCAGAUUUGUUUGGAUCAUUCGCCGAGUCUACCUGUGCUGCUCUCGUCAUUUCCUCCAUCUCGUCUUUCGGACAGGAGAGGAGCUUCGUCGCCAUGAGCUACCCACUGCUUAUCAGCGCUGUGGGUAUCAUUGUCUGCCUCAUCACUGCUCUUUUCGCCACCGACCUGUUCGUCAUUAAGAACGUUGAUCAGAUUGAGCCCGCCCUGAAGAGGCAGUUGGUCAUCUCUACCGUCCUCAUGACUUUGGGAGUUUUCGCCGUAUCCUACGUUGCUCUACCCAGCACAUUCUUGAUCAACGUCAUCGGAAAGGAAUCACUUCACGCCAAGUGGUGGCACGUGUGGUUGUGUGUCGCCUCUGGUUUGUGGGCCGGUCUUCUCAUCGGUUACGUGACCGAGUACUUCACCUCCAACACCUACAGCCCCGUCCGAGAAGUUGCCGAUGCCUGCAAGACCGGAGCUGCUACCAACAUUAUUUUCGGAAUGGCACUUGGAUACAAGUCCGUCAUCGUCCCCGUGUUCGCCAUUGCUGCUUCCAUCUACCUCAGUUUCACAUUCGCUGCCAUGUACGGUAUUGCCGUCGCUGCUCUCGGUAUGUUGGGAACUCUCUCCACCGGCCUUGCCAUCGAUGCUUACGGUCCCAUCAGUGACAACGCUGGAGGUAUCGCUGAAAUGGCUGGAAUGAACCACGCCGUGCGCGAGAGGACCGACGCUCUUGAUGCCGCUGGAAACACCACCGCCGCCAUCGGAAAGGGAUUCGCCAUCGGAUCAGCUGCUCUUGUGUCCCUUGCUCUGUUCGGAGCUUACGUGAGCCGUGCAGGAAUCUCCAUCGUCAACGUUAUUGAGGCUCAGACCUUCGUCGGUUUGAUCGUCGGGGCCAUGCUGCCAUACUGGUUCUCUGCCAUGACCAUGAAGAGUGUCGGUACGGCCGCUCUUGCCAUGGUUGAGGAGGUGAGGAGGCAGUUCAACACCAUGGACGGUAUCAUGGAGGGUCGCGUCAAGCCCGACUACAAGAGAUGUGUCGCCAUCUCCACCGAUGCUUCCCUCAGGGAGAUGAUCCCCCCAGGCGCCCUCGUGAUGCUCACCCCCAUCAUCGUCGGUACUCUUUUCGGAGUCAACACUCUUGCUGGACUUCUGGCCGGAGCUCUCGUUUCCGGAGUCCAGAUUGCUAUCUCCGCCUCCAACACCGGAGGAGCUUGGGACAACGCCAAGAAGUACAUCGAGGCCGGUGUCUCCGACCACGCCAAAUCUCUGGGCCCCAAGGGAUCCGACGCCCACAAGGCUGCCGUCAUCGGAGAUACCGUGGGAGACCCCCUGAAGGAUACCUCCGGACCAUCUUUGAACAUUUUGAUCAAGUUGAUGGCCGUCGAGUCUUUGGUGUUCGCUCCUUUCUUCGCCGCUCACGGUGGAAUUUUGCUCAAGUACCUUUCAUAGAUUGUCUGUGCAGUGCAGCUUGUAUCUCGAGCGAGGAACGUUGCGUGCGAGAUAUGUUAAUAUAUGAUGCUUUCACACCGAGGAGUAGGAGCCUUGUGAAUGCAAGUCCGCAUCAUGGGCCAUCUCAUUCUUUCCGAGCGUAAUGUCUGAAAAUAUUGAUCACUGCAGCUGAAGUCUUGCCGCAGAGUUCCUUUAUUAGCGUAGUGUCUCAGACUGAACGUUGAUAGGAUAAUUUCAACAUAUUUGGAACUAAUCAAUUUUGCUCUUCUGUAAUCAGUUUUGGGCCCGAACAUUCCUCAGUAAAGCUUGAUCUGGUCCACACAAAAUGCCUUUGAUUUGU